AUGGAAUCUGUUGAAGAAAUUGAAUUUGGAUAUCAGCGAAGGAUAUGCGGCGGCGAUGUUUCAGGAUCUUUACAUAUGAAUGCCGAUCAAAAUAAGACUGUUAACGGCCGACGAGGUGAUGGCGUAUUAGACGAAAAGGAAUUCCUACAGUUCUUUGAAAAGCUUACAGAUCGUCCAGAUAUUGUUAAGGCCCUUCGGCUGUUCAGCUCAACUGAAGAUCAGGCACUAAGUAUAAGCGAUUUAAAGAAAUUCCUUACUAAAGAACAAGAGUUUGACAAUAUUAAUGACUCACUCGCACAGUCAAUAAUAGCGAGAUUUGAAACCUCAAAGCCUGAUGGACAAACUAACGUUGUUCUUGGGCCAAUUGGUUUCAGACGUCUUAUGCAAUCUGAGUGGGGCAGUAUUGUUAAACCUGGACACCUUUCCAUAUAUCAAGACAUGAAUUUACCACUAAAUAAUUAUUAUGUCAACUCAAGUCAUAAUACGUACCUUACUGGAUUACAGCUCAAGGGCGAAGCUAGUGUUGAAGGAUAUAUUGGAGCAUUAAGGAAAGGAGCACGCUUAUUAGAAUUGGACAUAUUUGACGGUGACGAUGGUGAACCAUGUAUAACACAUAAACGAACACUGAUAACAGCAAUAACGCUUCGAAAUGCUUUGGAAGCAAUACUUUUACAUGCGUUCAAGUCUAGCCCUUAUCCAGUUAUUUUAACGAUCGAAAAUCACGUUAGCUUGCUUCAGCAACGAGUUAUGGCUAAAAUCUUCAAAGAGAUUUUGGGUGAUAAUAUUUACAUGAGACCACCGGAUGGCGCUAAAAAACCUUUACCAUCCCCAAAUGCUUUAAAAGGGAAGUUUUUGUUGCGUGGCAAAAAACUUCCGACCAGUAGCAGUGACAAACAAUUUGAUCAAGAUACUGAUGAACCACAGAGUCAGAAAAAGCACGAAAAAAUCUCAUUGGAUCCGUCGUAUUCUGAACUAAUAUCAUUGCCUUCAGUAAAAAUUUCUGAGAACAUAUAUGAGGACAUUAGAAAUCAUCCAAUGGACGGGUCACCCUCGAUAUCCGAGACGAAAGUUGUGGACUUUGCGGCUGGUGGAACGUCAUUGGCUACUUACACAGCCGAAAGGUUUGUCAAGGCAUAUCCAAAAGGAAUCAGACAAGAUUCCAGUAAUAUGGAUCCGAUGCCAUCUUGGGUUUGCGGUAUUCAGUCUGUAGCAAUGAAUAUGCAGACUUCUGGGGAAUACCUUGAUUUGGUGUAUGGUUUGUUUCGAGUUAACGGGAACUGUGGCUAUGUUUUAAAACCAGAAAUUCUUCGGAACGGUUUAGGUACAAAUCCUCGCCUUCCAGAAAUUUCUGGUGAAGUCAAAAUGAAGCUUCACGUUGAAAUUAUAAGUGGGCAGUAUUUACCCAAACCAACGCCUGAUAACGAUGUUAUUGAUCCAUAUGUAACUGUAGAAGUGUUUGGAAUUGCAUCUGACUGCCAAAAGCACAAAACGAAGACUGUUAUGAAUAAUGGGUAA